AUGAGUAGUGUGGAACCGGCGGCAAAGAAAAGACAAACUUCAAGAAAAGGUAAAAAAGCAUGGAGAAAAAACGUUGAUAUAGAAGAUAUAGAACAAAUUUUACAAGAUAAAAGAGAUGAACAAAUUAUAAAAGGUAUAAAUAAUGAAGAUGAUGAUUUUAUAAUAGAUAAUUUACCAAGUAGUAUAUCCAAAUCUACAAAUGCACCAAAGAAAUUAAAAACCAAGGAAAUUUUAACUAAUAAAUCAAAAGUCCCAGCAUUAAUAAAUCCAAGAGUUAAAAAGAACAAAAAUGAUACAGUACAAGGAGUGAAGAAGACCGAAAUGUUAAGAUUGUUAAGUUUGCGUGGUGGUAAAUAUAAAGAUGAAAACAUAACACUCAACAGAAUUGCAAAAGAUGGGUUAAUAAAUGGAGAUAGUGAAGAUUUAUGGGAUGAUGAAGAACCAACUCCUAAAAAGGCUAAAAUUCCAAAAUAUAAUACAUCAACCGCAGAAGUUACAAAAGCUACAACUAUACCAAAAACAAUGAAAACUAAACCUAUUCAAAUAUCCAAGAAUGAUUUGACUGAAAAUUCCAUACAUGCUGGUAAAUCAUAUAAUCCAUCUUUAGAAAGUUGGAAAGACUUAAUAAAUAAGGAAUACGGAAUUGAAUAUAAAAGAGAAUUAAAUAGACAAGCUAUGGAUGAUCAUAAGGAAAGGAUACAAGAAUUGAUAUCCACAUUAAAUGAUAAUCAAUUUAGUGAUUCAGAAGACGAAGAAGAAAAUCCAGAAGAAGAAAGAAGUACAGGAGAAAAAGACUACUCAUUAUCUAUAAAUAAACCAACUAAAAUCAAGAUUAAAACUAAGACUAAGAGAAACAGAGAAGUCAAACAUAAACAAAGAAUGAAAUUAGAACAAGAAAUAAAAGAUUUGAAAAAACAAUUAAAAGAUUUGAAUAAUUUAGAUCAAAUAUUACAAUCUCAACAAGAACAAGAAGAAAAAACCAUAGCACCAAAGGAAAGAAGCACUAAAAGAGAUAAAUUAUUUAAAUACAAGCCAAUUGAAACUCCAAUAGAAUUAAAAUUAUCAGAUGAAUUAACAAACAACUUAAAGAAUUUAAAACCAGAAGGUAAUUUAUUUUAUGAUCAAAUGUUGAAUUUACAAUCAAAUGGUAAAAUUGAAAGUAGAGUGCCAGUUAAUAGAAAGAGAAAAUAUGCUAAAAAAAUUACUGAAAAAUGGACUUAUAAAGAUUUCAAAUAA